AUGGAUCUCCACUUUCGCCGGGUUACCCACGAAGAGGAGUCAAUGGAGUUUCCCCAGAAGAUGAUCUCGCCAAUGUUAGCACUGAUCCUAGCAGUGACGAAGGAAGAAGCUGCGGAGGAAGCUGAAUGGGGAGACUAUGUGACACGAUGCCUGUGUGAAAUGCAGCACAAUGACGAAUGGAUGGUGGAAUGUGAACAGUGCAAUGUUUGGCAGCAUAUGAAAUGUAUGGGAAUUGAUCCAAAGAAGUUCAAUCAAAAUGAUACUUACCUCUGUGAAUAUUGUAAGCCACGACCACUCAAGUGGACAAAGAAACAAGCUCAAGAAUUGCAGCUGAAACAAUUGAAAGCUGUUUCACGUGAAAAAGAACGAAAGAUGGCCGAAAAAUUGAGGAGGCGAGAAGAACGAAAACGUGCCAAGCUCAACCAACGUUUGAAGGAACGCAACCACGCUAAGACCGCGAAAAGAGGUCCUGCAGCUUUCAAGAAGUUCCUAACGAUCUCUCGUAACGAAUACACGAAGCGAGCGAAACAGAUGCUAGCACUGUUCGAUACAACUGCGGGCGCUCAGAGUAUUUUGGAGAAUUCACGAGACCUGAAGCGUGGCAAGCGGAUGUUCGUCGCUCCGGAUAUUGAAGGUCUUGUGUCAACUGAAGCCAUAAAGCAGGAUGACGUCAUAAUGGAAUAUGUGGGGCAUGUUUGCUUACCGGACGAAUGUCCAGGAAGAUUGCAGCGUGGUGCACUGCAGCCAUACUGUGUUUUAUACAAUGGUCUUGGCCAAAACCUUCUGUGUAUCGAUGCUCGUCGUCAGGGAAGUGAUGCUCGAUUCGCCCGCAGGUGUUGCCGAUCUAACUCUACCCUCAAACAUGUGCUGUUAAAUGGAAGUAUCUACGUCAUGUUAGUGGCCUCGGAAAGAAUCGAGAAGGGAACUGAGGUGACGAUACCAUUCGAUUGUGAUUUCCGUGACACCCUCGUACCAGUUGAAUGUGCCUGUGGUGAUGAUCCGAAUUGCUAUAUGAUGCAGUUCAAUAAUUCCCUUCGUGGGAAGGCGUCAUGCGAAGAGCGGCCAAAUCAUGAUGUUGCGCCGCAGCAACCGCAGGCUUCAAAUGGAACAGCUUCUGGUCGUAGAGCUGCUGCGACGCCCCAUAAAACCAAGACGGAAAAUCGUGGUCGACCUAAGGGAAGUGGCAAAAAAGAGAAGGUUGCUGAAGAAACUCCACGGAAGAAGGGACCUGGUGGUCGAAAACCGAAGAAGGUCGGGAUACGUCUUCGCCGACAUUCUGACAGUAAGAACACGAAAUCAUCCGAUGAGUCGAUGGAACAGGCUGCCGAGGCUGAGGCCACUGAAAAAACGGAAGAGAAAGUGGUUGAGGAAAAGAACGAUGCCACAGAGAAUGAGAAAACCUCAGAAAAAGAAGAGGGAGAGGGACAAGCAGCAGAAGCGCCCCCAACUGUCCCCGCUCCUCCUGUAGAGAGCGUUGUCGUGGAAGUCAAGGUGGAAGAGAAGCCAAGCGUUGCGACCACCGAGCAACCUCCUGAGCAGCCACCUGCUUCACCAAAGAAGCCAGCUUCGGAAGGAAAUAAGUCAGCCCCGACUUCGCCCAAAAAGGAAGAACAGCAGCCCUCAACAACAGCUGGAAGGCGUCGAAGCAGUACAGGAUCGGGUCGUCUGUCCAAGAGGGAGGCAAUCGAGCAACUCAAGGAGGUCAUGGAUUACACGCUUCCUGAAGACAGAAAUAAACCUAGUCGAGAGGAAAGGAAACUCCAAGCUGCGUUGGCAGCUAUUGAAAGGAAGGAGGAAAAGGAGAAGCGACGAGCAGAGGCUCAUAAGGACUCCAGUGAUGUCAAGGAGAAAAGAGGUCCUGGACGGCCUGCUAGAUCGAGCACUGGAGGCGGUGCGAAAGCUGGGAAGCGCUCCUCUGAAAGACAUAAUGACAAGGAUAAGGAUAAGAAAGUGGAUAAGGACAAGAAAGUGGAUAAGAAAGUGGAACCUAUCGUGGAACCGUCCGUCAGGGAAAGCCCACGUGUAAAGAAGAAGAGGGAGGAUUUUAAAGAAAAUGAAGUUGAUGAAGUGUCCACUGUAGCUCAGCCACCAAGAAAACGAUGGGCAGCAGCAGUGAAAGAAAACGAAGCAGCUCAACGCGCCUCGUCGCCUGAGGUGACGUCUUCAUCGUCAGCAACUUCGACGGGAGCCGGAGAUGUCAGUUCAGCGGAUUCGGUCAACCCAAGUAGCGUUAGUGGGAAAAAGCUUUGGUUGCGACGACAUGCUGCGGAAUCAAUCAGUGAGGAAAGUGUGCAAGCGGCUGAGACUGCGGCAUCUUCUGAACCUCUGACAUGUGCGGCAGAUUCUACCAGUGACAUCGCCACAUUGCCAUCGAGGAUCCAGAUGAGUCCUCCAUUGAAGAAGAGACGGCACAUGUUGGAAGCAUGCCAAUCUGAUGAACAUGUUGCUGCAACAGCUCUGGCGCAAAUGGGUGCGAAAGCCGAGGGAUUUCGUUUUCACUGGAACAUGGCCUUACGCUACCUGAUGCCUAAUCUCAAUGAAAGCUUGAAUGUGGAUUUUGACUUGGCCGAGUCUGUGCGAAAACCAUUACCUCUACCGUCUGUACGUAAACCUGUCACAACUCUUCCUUCGGUGUCUGUAGAAGCUGCCACGGCCACAUCAACAUCGUCUCAAGUCCCCACGGCUUCUUCUUCAGUUGAAGUCAGAAAGGCUAAACGAUUGAGCUUGGAAGACUACAAAAGGCGUCGAAGUACAAUGGGCUCAUCGGACAACACGGCAGUUCCAAGUGGUGCUACUACAACGCAGACUACGACGUCUGGUAACCUUGCCGAUCUCAGAAAUCGAAGUGGAGAGAGUAAUAGUCGCCCGACACGUUCAUUCAUUCCUACCAUGGAUACCUCUUUGGACCAAAGUGCACUUUUGGACCUUGCUAGACAUGCAAUCCCUAUUCCGCCGUAG